GCUGCCGCUGCUGCUGCUACACGCACCAUCCGCACACACCGACAGCGGAGCAGAGAGAGACGGAGGAGGGCAAGUGAGCAGGGAGGAGGCGGUGCUGCGCGGACAACUGCGUCCCACUCCUGAAGCAAACAUCUUCCACCAGAUCAUCCAGGCACCACACUUCUCCCCAGCUCCGACAUCCAGCUGAUCACAGCGUUGUGGUGGAACGACGGAGGGGAGCGGCGCAAACACUGAAGCCUCCAGGCCUCCAAGCAUGGACUCCAUACCUGCGGGGCGAGACUCCAGCUCCCCGCCCAGCUCCAAACAAGAACUGUCCUACCCGAGCACCAACAUGAAGCCCAACCAGGUCGGGCAGACGGUGCUGUACGGAAUACCCAUCGUGUCUUUGGUGAUAGACGGCCAGGAGAGACUUUGCCUCGCCCAGAUAUCCAACACCCUCCUGAAGAACUACAGCUACAACGAGAUCCACAACCGGCGUGUGGCGCUGGGCAUCACCUGCGUCCAGUGCACCCCUGUCCAGCUGGAGAUCCUCCGCAGAGCCGGGGCCAUGCCUAUCUCCUCCAGGCGCUGCGGGAUGAUCACGAAACGCGAGGCGGAGAGACUUUGUAAGUCGUUUCUCGGGGCUCACGCGCCUCCUAAACUUCCAGAGAAUUUUGCUUUCGACGUGUCCCACGAGUGCGCCUGGGGGAGCCGAGGCAGCUUCAUCCCGGCAAGAUACAACAGCUCCAGAGCCAAGUGCAUCAAGUGCACAUAUUGCAACAUGUAUUUCUCCCCAAACAAAUUCAUAUUUCACUCGCACCGCACGCCGGAAUCCAAGUACACGCAGCCAGAUGCAGCAAAUUUUAACUCGUGGAGGCGACAUCUGAAAUUGACAGAUAAAAGCAGCCAGACAGAUGUACUCCACGCAUGGGAAGAUGUGAAGGCCAUGUUCAACGGGGGCAGUCGGAAGAGGACGCUGCCGGGCAGUGGGUCCGAUUCCAGAUCCCAUAUGAAAUCACAAGGACCCAACCGUCCCCGAGAGUCACCCGAGAUCCCUGCGAAGAUCAUCAGCUGCGAGGACAACCGCGGCGGCAUGCCGAGCGCACGCAGCUACCCGGUCAUCCCGGUGCCCAAUAAAGGGUUUGGGAUGCUGCAAAAAAUCCCACCACCCCUCUUCCCUCAUCCAUACGGGUUCCCGGCCUUCGGCCUGUGUCAGAAGAAAGACGACAGCAUCAUGGGAGAGCAGAGCAAGCCGGGCCUGCCGGGUGUCCUGUGGCCUGCUAAGGACAGCGCGUAUCACCCCUUCCCCAUGUUCUGGCCCGCGGCGGGCGCGCUGCCGCUGCCCCCGUACCACCAGACCCAGCACAAGCCCGUGCCAGAGCUGCUGUGCCCGCCCAGACAGACUGACAUGGACAUAUCCGAGCACAGUGACCGGAGCACCAACACGUCCAAAGACAGCGUGGUGGAGAACGACCGGUGCUCCAGCACGCAGUCCGCGCGUAACGACGACGACAAGUCCGGGGACGAGGCGAGGCCGCUGGAGGGGAUGGCGCUUGUGCCCCGGAAAAUCAGCUACGUGUCCGCGUUCAGGCCCGUCAUUAAAGACGCUGACUGCAUCGCUAAGCUCUACGGCAACAGGGCCCUUUACAACAACUGUCGCACCGGCUAUCUGUCGCCCGAUUUUUUAAGCGAGAGCUCCAGCUACCGCUCCGCGUCCCCCUGCGUGGACAGCGAGGGCGAGCCGGACGUGGACGUGGAGACGAACAAAACACCUGACGAGGAGGAGGAGGACGAGGGCGACUCCCGGCCUCCGUCCUCGGUGUGCGCUCGGACUCCCCCCGGCUUGGCACGCAGUGUCUCGCCUAAGGAGUCGGAGUGUAAGGGCCUGCAGGAGAGCAGGGUGUUUGACUCCCAGAAAAUGAGCGUCCACGUGGCCCAGUCCUCUGACAGAGACGUGCACAGCAAGCAGCUAUCAGAGAGCCACAUAACUGCGUCUUUCACUGAAGUUUUCACACCGGAGAGAGCUGAGCUGCAACAAAGGAGCAGUCCGUAUCAGUUCAGAGCUGCCAGUUACCAGAGUGGAGUACUUCCAACUAAUGAUGAUGGUGCGAGUAAAGAGGAGCCGUCUUCCACAGUGGAGGAGAUCGAAACGAAAUCUUUUCAUGAACAAAGCGGCGAGGAGAACCAGCGGGAGCCCGAAGACGGCGAGGACGCGCCAGUCCGAGCUGUGGCGACACAAAGAGAUCUAGAAAGUCUGGCUAAAGAUGAACUCCAGAAGCAGCUGUUAGAGCAGGUUGAGCUGAGGAAAAGACUGGAACGAGAAUUUCAGAACUUGAAAGAUAAUUUCCAGGAUCAGAUGAAGAGGGAGCUCUCCUACAGGGAGGAGAUGGUUCAGCAGCUUCACAUCGUCAGAGAAGCUCACGACGCUUUGCACCAUUUCUCGUGUAAGAUGUUGACUCCUCGCCACUGCAGCGGCUCCUGCUCCUUCAAGUCUCCUCUGCUGCCGCCCUGAACCACACCGCUCCCCCUUUAUACACCUGACCUGAUGAAAACCAGAGGACACCUCAUCCUCCCUCCAGCUCCUGUCCAACAGCACACCGCGAGGAGGAGGACACAAUAACCUCCAGAGACACUCGAGUCCAGAGAAGACUAACGUGUAUUAUUUCCCUGUAAUAUAAAAAAAUGUGUAUCCACACUCCCAGCGUUUAUGUAACCAUUUUGGCAUAAGGUGACAUUUGUUUUUCUUUCCUGAAAUAAUACAAUUGAUAUCUAUUAUUUGUGGCAAAGUGCAAUGACAAUGUAUAUGUACCUUGUAAUAGUUCUAGGUUGUUUAUUUAUUUAUUUAUUUGGGUUUUCUUAUGUCAAUAAUAGCAGCUUGGAUUAGCCCAUCCAUUGCUCCUGAUCCUCACAGUAUUGUGAAUUAGCCGACCACUACUUUUUACUGUACACCUCCGCAGGCCAUCAGCUUGGUUGUUAUGCACUUUAAACGUGUGAAAUAAAAAAAAAGAAAGCCUGUGCAUUGAAAUUAGGCCUAAAAUAAGUAUAUAGCGGUCAAACCAUGCAUUCUUUUUUUCUUUUGAACAAACACAGAAGUUAGUAGGCUAAACAA